UUCAUUUCGGUCUUAUCCCAAUUUCCCUCUCUCUUCAGUGCGAGUCAGCGAGUGAGAUUGACAAGAGGAUGCCGUAAUUCUUGUCUGCUGGGAGGAAGAAAUUGAAUCAACAAAAUCAAAUCAACAAUGAAAAUGAUGAAUGACAGUAUAGCAGAUGAUGUGUGGUUUGAAUUCUGUCUUCGUCUUCCUCUUACUGAAAUCUUCAAAUUUAAGUGUGUUUCCAAGGUAUGGUUAUCAAUUCUUUCAAACCCUCACUUCAUUAACAAAUGGUAUAAACUCAAUUACUCGUUAUGGAUGUUGAUUCAUGGUACUAGUUUAGCAAAACCAAACCCUACUGCCUCAUUGGCGACAGGAAGUUUCACCUUAUCAUGUCCUAAGUUGAAUUCACAAUUUAUAUGUUAUCAUCAAAGUGUUAGCGGGUUCUCUCUUAGAUUCGUUAAUCAAAAACAUGAAUUGAAGAAUACGAAUUUAUACAUUAUUGGGUCUAAUAAUGGGUUGGUUCUAUGCACAACUGAUCAUUCUAGUCAGAACAAUUAUUAUGUUUGUAAUCCACUCACUAAGAAAUGGGUUUCACUCCCACCACCACCAAGAGAUGCAAUCAUUGUUCACACUGGUUUCACAUGUGAAUCAUCACUAACUUCUACGAGUUUUAAGGUUAUUCGUGUUGAUGAUGGAGCAACAUUUAAAAUUGAUAUAUUCUCUUCUGCGUUGGGUAAAUGGAAUGUCUAUAAUGUUUUACGUCCUCAUGGUGCUAUUCAGGGAUGCUCCAUUCAUGACAAUUAUGUUGCCCAUAAUGGCGUUUUUUUUACUGGAUGAAAAAGGGAUUGAACAAAAUUCUAGCUUUCUGUACUAAUGGAAUUAACAACUAUCCAACUUGUGGCAGUGAAUGUAAAUUGAUUAAUUUGCCUGACCAACACAUGGAUAAUGAGAACUGGUGUUUUUAUCUAUCUACCGAGAAAAAAAAUAGGUAUGUUCAUCAAUGUCUAGGGGAAUCAGAAGUAUUGAUUUGUUAUGCUAUUUUCAAACAUACAGAGAGGAGUUUGAGUGUUUGGGUACUUGAAGAGAACUGGUAUUUGUUGCACAAGGAUAUCAAAUUUUACGACAUGUUAGCACAAAUGGAAUCUAUGUUGAUUGGAGGAGAAAGUCCAAUUGAUGAUAGAGAUAUUCAGGUUAUAGGUUUCAAUCCGGUUGACAAAAAUGUGGUUAUAAUUAGCUACAAGAAGCACAUUUUGGCUUACAACAUCAGAAACGGGGGAUAUGAACAACUUUCUCAUCCGUCUUUCUUGGGUAGCAAUCUUUCAGGUUCUUAUUUGGGUAUCUUAACAUUUGUUUUAAAGCCAAGGCCGACAAUACUUCCACUAGUGUCUUGGUGAGCCAUAAAGCCAAGGCCGUCAGUACUUCCUCUAGUCUCUUGGUCAGACACCUCAAUGUUGGAUGUUCAAAUAUGAAAGCGAGAGUGCAGGUGCGUAUUGUCAUAUUUCUUGUUUCAACAGAUACUUAAGUAGUAUACUAGUUACCGUUACAUUCAAGGGAGAGAGAGACUUUGAGUUAUUGGUUUUAUUCAGUUAAGAAACCUGAAAAUUAUCAUACUUUCACUUGCAUGGAAUUUCUCUGCUGUUAUGUUAUAGUCUAUCCAAUUUUAUUUGUGUUAGAUAUUACUAAUUCCAUAUUCACUGUCAGAACUCAACCUACAAGCUAUAUUACUAUGAUAUUCUGCA